UGAAAUAGUGUUGGACAAAAUACAUAUUUUCCAUUUACUUUUGUUUUCCCCAUUGCUUUAUAUGGGGGGAAAAAUUGCAUCCUAUGAGUCUGUCAUGCAUUUGCAUCUUCCAUAUGCCCCUUAAACACUAGGGGAGUUUUUUUUUUUUUUUAUCUCUGUCCGCAUGUGAGGUUGCCAUGCAUGAAAGGGUUAAACUAGCCUGGUGUUUUAGAAUUUGUCUAAUUGUUUGCCACAGUGUUUACAGAAUAAGUGUACAGUUUAGGAAGUUAAAGCACACUGCUUACCUUGCCUCUGUCUGUGCGCUAUGUGCAGUGCUGGCCCCACACUGUUUCUCACCUUGCCUCUGUCUGUGCGCAGUGCUGGCCCCACGCUGCUUCUCACCUUGCCUCUGCCUGUGCGCUGUGUGCAGUGCUGGCCCCACGCUGCUUCUCACCUUGCCUCUGUCUGUGCGCUGUGUGCAGUGCUGGCCCCACGCUGCUUCUCACCUUGCCUCUGUCUGUGCGCUGUGCGCAGUGCUGGACCCACGCUGCUUCUCACCUUGCCUCUGUCUGUGUGCUGUGCGCAGUGCUGGCCCCACGCUGCUUCUCACCUUGCCUCUUGUCUGUGCGCUGUGCGCAGUGCUGGCCCCACGCUGCUUCUCACCUUGCCUCUUGUCUGUGCGCUGUGUGCAGUGCUGGACCCACGCUGCUUCUCACCUUGCCUCUGUCUGUGUGCUGUGCGCAGUGCUGGCCCCACACUGCUUCUCACCUUGCCUCUGUCUGUGCGCUGUGUGCAGUGCUGGCCCCACACUGCUUCUCACCUUGCCUCUUGUCUGUGUGCUGUGUGCAGUGCUGGCCCCACGCUGCUUCUCACCUUGCCUCUGUCUGUGUGCUGUGCGCAGUGCUGGACCCACGCUGCUUCUCACCUUGCCUCUUGUCUGUGCGCUGUGCGCAGUGCUGGCCCCACGCUGCUUCUCACCUUGCCUCUGUCUGUGUGCUGUGCGCAGUGCUGGACCCACGCUGCUUCUCACCUUGCCUCUUGUCUGUGCGCUGUGUGCAGUGCUGGACCCACGCUGCUUCUCACCUUGCCUCUGUCUGUGUGCUGUGCGCAGUGCUGGCCCGGGGACAUGGCCUCUAAGUUGCUGCACAGGCUGCGGCGUAGCCUCUUCAGGGAGGUGACGCUGCAGCCCCAGCUGGGCGGCGCGGAGGACUUCCCCGAGAGCUCGGAGCUGGACGAUGACACCGAGGGACUGUCCUCGCGGUUCAGUGGCACUCUCAGCUUCGAGGGGGAGCCGGAGCCGGAGGAUCCGGAAUUGAACUCGGAGUUGGACAGCGAUUCGGAUAUCCUGGGGGAUUCGGGAGAGAACGGCACGGAGAUCGCAGAGAGCAGCCCAGCCUGCCAACCACCAGCCCACAACAUGCUGACGAAACAGCUGCAGGACAGCUGGAAGAAGAGCCGGACCCGGAGCAUCCCUGAGAGACUGCUGUUCGAGGUGACAGAUGCCAGUGUGGUGCAGGAGGGGACCUCCAAGUAUGUGCUGUACACUGUCCACGUGAUGAAGUCAGGGCAGUUUGAUAAAACCCCGUCAUCGAUCACGCGACGCUACACGGACUUCAACCGCCUGCACAGCCAGCUGAGGGGACUCUACAGGGAUGAGAUGCAGGGCAUCUCCUUCCCCAGGAAGAAGCUGCGCAGGAACUUUGCCGCGGAGACCAUUGCCAAGCGCAGCCGCGCCUUCGAGCAGUACCUGACUCACCUGUACUCACUGGCGGAGCUGCGCCGGGCCCAGCUUUUCCUGGAGUUCUUCUACCUCGGAGACCUGCAAGCGGGACAGAACCUGCUGAGGACUGGCCAGUACCAGGAGGCAGUGGGCUGCCUGCUCAACGCUCUGGGCCUGCAGGAGAAGCUGGGCUGUCGGCCGCAGGGCCACUGGAUCUUCACGCUGGCCAUCCUGGUAGCCAGCUUUCAGGAGCUGGAGCAGCCAGAGGAGGCUCAGGAGUACUGCGAGCGGGCACUCCAGGACCUGAGCUCCCCCUCGCUGGAGCGGCAGCAGCAGCACCCCCUGCUGGUGCCUCUGCUGCAGGCCAUUGUCCAUCUGUCUUGGAAGGUCUCCAAGGACAAGCGUCAGUGGGAGUCCCAGCUCCAGCAGCUGAGGGACUCAGGGGUGGAUGUGAGCAGCCAGCCCAGCUUGAAGGAGUACCUGGUGAAGGAAAGCCUGGAGGGGAGUGAGGGAGGCAGGCACAAGGGGGACAACAUGGCUUAAGCCUGGUUCCUACUGCAAUCGCGUGACCAUCUCUGAUGGCAGUUUCUCUAGUCUGUUGGUCGUGCGACUGUCUGGGAAACUGGUUGCCGAUAGGAAGGUUGGGAUCAAUUCAUUUUUUUCAAUUCCAUUUUAAAAUCAAUACAUUCCAAAUCCAAUGGCAAGUUGGAAUUAGAAUUGAUGAGAAAAAGGAAAUGCAAUUGCAGUUGAUCCCCAGCCCUGGUAUCAAAGAAGUCUGGGUUUUUCCUUUCAACUGUGGACAAGUAUGUUUAUUAAAGACUUCACUGUUUUCCUAUGCAUGUAAACCAACACCACCUGUUCAAUUUUUAACAAAACUAUACAUUAUGUUUUUGUUUAAUCUGAACUAGAUCCCAUUAGGGGGGUCAGGAUUGGGAACCACUAACUGAGUGUAUAAAGGGAACAUUUUUGAGGCAGACUUGCCCAAGAGUAGCGAGUUAUAGCCGAGAAGGUGUAUGGCACUAGUGUCAAGAACCAAGAACUAAGAACUUAACAGUACUGUGGCCUAGUCAUGUGUACAGCUACAGGAUUUAUUGUGGCCCGGGCACUUGAUGAGAACUGAGAUUCAUAUCUGUCCUGUGGUUUUAGAAGACAGAGAUCUUGGCACUAAAGACUAUGAGGCAGAAGUUACUAGUUCAGAAAUAAAGUUCACCCUCUCUUUGGGAGUAGGGGUUGAGGCAGGGUGCUUUACCACCUUUUGUCGCUGCCUUGCUAAGCUGCUACCCUGGUGCUCACAAAUAGGGAAACUCAUAUAUUGGAUUACCAGAGUGUGGGGGAAAGUGCUCAGCUGUUAGGUGCUGUGGCACAGUUGACAUGGCUGCUAUUACACUAAAGCCUAACACCACUCACUCUCACCAUAGAGUGGAGUCAGUGUGACACCUACAAGCCUUUGAAGUUAAGCAGUGUAUGACUUUGUUGCAUCUUAUUGUAGACUGUGGUAUUUAGAAGUAAUGCUGCUUAAGGUAUAAUUAGCUGUACACAUGGAUUAUUUUUGGAAUUAGUUUUAUAUAAUAUAUAUAGCCUGUAACGUCACCUUUUUCACUGGUCUUUGAAUGUAUAUUUUUAAUGUAAAUAAAUAUCUUUUUAAACUCUA